AAGGCCCGGGCGGAGUCGGCGACGAGCUAGCUAACCUGGUUAACUGGCUUACCUACCUACGUCCGCCUGGGAACGGAGGGUGGACGCGGGGGCGUGUACAUGUGUGUACCUAUAUCUACAGCUUCGGCGCCCGAGUCUCGCCGCAGAGCGGGCCGGUCUCGAUGCGCGGUGUGCGCGCGCUUGUUGCUUGACACGGGUGGCGCUGGACUCGGCGGCGCGGAGUGGGCCCCAGGUGUAAUGGUACCUGCCUUAUACAACGAACCGAGGAGGCGAGAGAGAGGCUGUCCCAUGACCCGCCGUGCGAUAGAAUGCGGGCGGACGGCGUCGAGUCGCGCUGGUGGAACUAAAUUCAACUCCCGUCUUACAUCCCGUCCGGCCCUGUCCUGCUUCUGUCUGUCUGUCGCUCUCUUUGCUCUCCCCUUGUAUCGUCUGCUCUGGUCGACGGGGAGCCUCCCCUGGUUGUCUAUAAUUCUGCAGAGCUUAACUCGAAUUUCAUGUGUGAGAGGAGAGAGAGGGUUCCAACCGCUACUGCUACUAUUGUAUGAGUCCAACGUUGUUCAGACAGACGAACGCGUAGGCGAACUCGUUCGAAGCACUGUCACGAUAACUAAAUCAGAGAGAGACGAACAGGUACCAAAAACCCCACAAAACCAUUAGAAUCGAUCACUGUUAGUUGCACUACACUGAUGACAUUUAUUUCGUGCGCCCGUGGUCU